GGCAAAAUUCACGAGCGCAAAAAAUCUACGGCCGUGGGUUCUGUUGAAAUACCAAAUAUAAACUUACAGAGAUAGACAAGUAUAAAUAUAAGCAUAUAUUCCAAGCUGGUUUUAGCUUGCUUUGGUAAUCCAUUUAGGGAUAAGCCAAAUCAAAGACUUGUUCUUUGUCUCACCUUGUCUAUCAAUCUCCGUUUCAAAAUGAACAAAAUUACGUAGGAGAAAACUACUUUCUUAUCCAAGACUACUUUUUUUUCCUUUUUAAUUAAUUUCUAGGUUUCUGGGGUCUUAAUUUCCGAAUUCUUUUUGCAAGUUUAAAGGCUUAGAAACUCUUGCGUAAUGACUGUUCAAGAGACAGGAGGGAUGGUAGAUGAAAACACAGAAAUGGAAACGGUACAUGAAAUGCAAGAUGGAGAAGCGGGUUCACCAAGAGGGGUUUUAGAGGUUCCUGUUGUAGGCGGAGAUUCGGAUAAUAGUAGCAGCAGUUGUAGCUCGACGGAGAAAUUAACGCCUCGGCUAUCACCUCAACUAUCGACGCCGGUUAACCGUGACGGCAGUUACGCGUCGCAGUGGAAGAACAUGAUCGGGUCGAUUAAAAAGAAGUCUUCCAGGAGGUUCUCCACCCUUCCUAUUUUAACAAACUAUGAUCUUUCAGGCAAAAAUCUAUGGAAGAAAUUGGCUCGCCUUCAAAAUGGUCCUCAUGUUGAAGCCCUAUCGGCUUCUAAACCUUCUUGGAGUUAUUUUAAAUAUGAAGAACUUGCUGCUGCAACUGAUAAUUUCUGUCCUGAAAACUUACUUGGGAAAGGGGGUCACGCGGAAGUGUACAAAGGGUGCUUAUCCAAUGGACGAGUUGUAGCAGUAAAGAAGCUAAUGAAAAAGGAGAAAGAUGAAGAGGAUAGAGUGAGUGAUUUCUUGGCAGAGCUUGGGAUUAUUGCACAUAUACACCACGAAAAUGCAGCUCGAUUGAUUGGUUUCAGCGUUGAGAAUGGUCUACACCUUGUUCUUCAAUAUCUACCAAAGGGCAGCUUGGCUUCAGUGCUUUUUGGAUCUUCUGCUCAGUGUAUAGAAUGGAAGAUAAGGUUUAAGAUAGCAUUAGGGGUGGCAGAUGGACUGAAGUAUCUCCAUCACGACUGUCAUAGGCGUAUCAUUCACAGAGACAUCAAAGCCUCGAAUAUUUUACUCACUGAUGACCUUGAUGCUCAGAUUUCUGAUUUCGGACUGGCUAAAUGGCUUCCAGAUAAUUGGCCUCACCAUGUUAUCUUUCCAAUUGAAGGAACAUUUGGUUAUUUGGCUCCGGAGUAUUUUAUGCAUGGAAUUGUUGAUGAAAAAACUGAUGUAUUCGCAUUUGGGGUCUUAUUACUGGAGUUGAUAACAGGUCGCCGUGCAGUUGAUUCAUCCCGACAAAGCCUUGUGAUAUGGGCAAAACCACUUCUAGACUCAGAUAAUGUUAAAGAAUUAGCUGAUCCGCGGCUGGGAGGAGAAUAUGAUCCUACAGAAAUGAAACGAGUAAUGUUGGCAGCUUCAAUGUGCAUUCACCAUAUGUCGAAAAAUCGUCCACACAUGGAUCAGGUAGCAUUGAUAUUGAGAGGUGAGGAUAAACCAGCAGGGAUAAUGCCAAAGGCAAGGUCAAGAAGUAAAGUUGUUUUUGACGGUUGUGAUUUACAGGAUUACACUUGUGAUAGUUAUCACCACGAAAUGGAUCGUCAUUUGCAGCUUGUAAUGGAAUAACUAAAUUUUAUGUAUACUUGUUAUUGCUAAAGGGUUACAAAGCUCAAAUCAAAUAUUAAGUUGUUCCUUUUUCACAUAAAA